UAUCACUUUCAUUCCGCUUGUGCCAUGGAAAGUCCUAUCUUCUUUACACCACCUUGCUCUCCACUACCAAUGCAAGAAUGUUCCCCACCAUCACCCAUGCAGUCUUCUUCCACCUUUAGAGCUAACUCUGCCAGCAGCAGAAAAAUUUUACGACGUACACGUUCUGCGCCAUGUCUUUUGUUUGCUCAAACUCAGGUUGAUGAGCCCUCUGAACCACCACAAAUGUCACCAAUAUUCAUCAUCAGAAAAUCUUUAAUUAGUCUUUACAUGUAUAUGUUAGUUGGGGUAGUAGUAUACAUUCAUAGCGGGAGUUUGAAGGGCACUAACACUCACCCGUAUGUGGAUGCUGCAUACUUUACCAUGGUAACUCUAUGCACAGUGGGGUAUGGAGAUAUGGUUCCUAACUCCAAUUAUAUUAGAAUCUUUACGUCUGUUUUCAUUUUACUGGGAUUUGCAAAUAUUGGUUUUCUGUUGAAUGGGUUGGUUGCACACAUAUGCAAUUCCCAAGAAAAAUUCUGGUUGAAAGUGCUACAUAAGACUAGAUACACAAAAAUUAUCAGAAGGUAUAUAGCUGAUGAAGAGGGAGGAGGGAGAAUGAGGACAAGAACAAAGGUUUUUCUUGCUUUAACGGUUAUAACUAGUUGCAUUGCUGUAGGAGCAGUCGCAUUGCACCUCCUUGAAGACCUGAGUUGGGAAGACAGCAUUUAUCUCUCUGUCACCACUGUUACAACGGUUGGGUAUGGAGAUUUUUCUAUGAAAACAGUGGGGGGAAGGUGCUUUGCUAUUAUAUGGCUUUUGGUAAGCACAUUGGCAGUUGCCAAGGCCUUUACAUACUUCACGGAAUAUAACAUUGAAGAGAGGAAUCGCAACAUGGAAAAAUGGAUUCUUCAUAAGAAAUUAAGGUUGUCUGAUUUACUCUCUGCAGACCUCGAUAACGAUGGGUCAAUCAGGAUGCCCGAAUUUGUCCUAUACAAGCUAAAACAAAUGGGCAAGAUUACACAGUCUGACAUCCAGCAAAUAAGGAAAGAAUUUGAUUCCUUGGGACAUGGCAAAAUUACUCUGUCUGACCUAAUGAGAAAUGUGUAAUAUAUCAUGCCCAACGAGUACAAUUGUGUAAUAAGGAAAGAAUUUGAUUCCUUGGUGUAAUAUCUAGUUAGUUCAAAUGUA